AGUAUAGUUGUUUCCCGCCAAAGAACAAAAAAAUCAUUUAAGUUUCCCGCUCUGUUCCUUUUCCGCGCUCUCUCCAUAUCAAAGUGCAGUGACUGUGACUCGCCACAGACUACGCAAAGGCAAAGGGUUUCUUUCCAAUCAUUCAAAGGCCAUGGACAUGUCAAAUCCUUCUGUAUUUGUAAAUGCUCAGUUGAUUCCCAACUUUAUAGGGAAGAAAGUAAGAGCAGUGGUUCAGGUGAGCCAAUGUGAUGGUGGGGUUACCACAGCAAAAUCCACUGAUGACUGUCAAUUAACCAUAAAAGGGUUGCCACAAGUCCCUCUUAUGAAUUAUAUUGAGGUCAUUGGCAUUGCUGAAAGUAACAGUUCUAUUGAUGCCGAAAUAUGGACUGACUUUGGCAGCACCUUUGACACCUUCUCUUACAAUCAGUUGUGCCAACUAGCCAAUGGUGAAUUUAAGGGUCUGUUUCUCUAGGGACAUCAAGGAAUGUCGGGUCAGCAAUUGGAUGGGGUUUGUUUGAAGUUGCUGCUUUUUAUACUUGCACCUGUUUACAUGUAAAUGUAGGAACUAUGCUUUUGAGUAUGGUAUCCGCAGAGGAGCAGGGCACAUGUGCUCUGUAGGAACUGUUUCAUUAUCUCUUAUGUUAGGUUGAGUUUGGCUUAUGUCUGCAUCUGAUUCCAUCGUCUUCAAUUAUACUCCCUUAAAUGAAAUGAAGUAGUAGUUUCAUACAGAAUAUUUUGUUCUUCACCUAACUAAAAUACCUUGGAUGUUUCCCCCCUUCCGGUUGUAUGUUCAUUGUAAGAAACUUUGUUACGUUCUUCUUUAUUGUAAUAUUUCUUGUGUA